AUGUCCAUCAAGUAUGUAUCGAAGUAUCCUACCGCUCAAGUCAUUGAACCUAACUCUGUCCUUUCCAGCUGGGUGAUGUUGGAUGGCCAACAAGGCUUCAUACCACUACCGGCAGAGAAAAUCAUCCACAAAUCAUCACCGAGAAUAUCCCUCGAUAUUACCACGCCCUCGACAUAUCCGGGCCACCAUCCUUUAAACAUCCAUUCCAGUUCAGGCAUUGUGUAUCUGACGAACCAGAGAAUUGUAUAUCUACCCGACAAGCCCACGCCGGAGUUGCAGUCGUUUUCCGCGCCGCUUCUGAACCUCCACGAUACUCACAUCACAGUACCGUGGUUCGGACCCAAUGCCUGGCAAGCCGCUCUCCAGCCCGUCCCAGGAGGCAACAUUCCUGCAACACAGGCGGCCGUAGAGCUCAAACUGACCUUCAAGGAGGGCGGUGCACCCGACUUCCACUCGAAAUUUGAGCAGAUCAAGGAGAGACUGCAGCAAGUUGUGUCAACUGCGAGGGAGGAGAACCUGACGGGACGACGGCAGGACAGCUUUCUAGGCGAUGUCAACCUCAACAAUGUCCACCUUGACCCGCUGCCGUCAUAUCAAGAAUCAGGUCAAGAUAGGGUUGCAGCAGGAGAGGCGAUUCCAUCUAGCGCGGUCAUAGAUUCUCCCGAGGCCGGAAGUCCAAUUUCAUCAUCCGCUGGUGGUCGAAUGAGGUCAGCAUCACCAGUGGAAGAUAUCGAACCGCCGCGCGAGCCGCCUCCCGGGUACGAGGAGGUACAGCAGCAGAGUAUACAGGCGGAGCUCGAUCGGAGGCUCUCAUUUCCUCUAGAAUAA